AUGGAGCACAGCCACAUCUUCCCUGUUUUUUCCCCAAAUGGCAGCACUUGGAGCCCAGAGCAGUAUCCCUCUGAGUUUGCCCAGGGGUGCCCUCUCGGACCACUGCCUGUCAUCUACUACAGCAUCCUGCUCUGCCUCGGCCUGCCGGCUAACAUCCUGACAGUGGUCAUCCUGUCCCAGCUGGUGCUGCGUCGUCAGAAGUCCUCCUACAACUAUCUCCUGGCUCUGGCAGCCGCCGAUAUCCUGGUCCUGCUCCUCAUCGUGUUUGUGGACUUUAUUUUGGAGGAUUUUAUUUUAGCCACUGCGCUGCCUCCAUCACUAAACAAUGCAGUGCAGGUUCUGGAGUUCUCCUCCAUCCACACCUCCAUCUGGAUCACCGUGCCUCUCACCAUUGACCGUUACAUCGCUGUUUGCCACCCACUGCGCUACCAUACAGUCUCCUACCCGGCCCGCACACGAAGGGUGAUCUUUGCUGUGUAUAUUGGGUGUUUGCUCUCCGCAGCGCCUUACUACUGGUGGCCUGAGCUGUGGCACAGCCUGCCCGGGGUGGGCAGCAGUGAUGAAGGAGGAGGGGAGGGAAACGGGAGAACCGUGGUCCAGCAUGUCCUGGUGUGGGCCCAUUGCGCCACUGUCUACCUCCUCCCCUGCACUGUCUUCUUCACUCUUAACGCAGUCAUCGUUCGUAAGCUGCGCAGACGCCGCAGCUGCUUUCGUCUGCGUGGUUACUCUACUGGCAAAACCACUGCCAUUCUCCUCGCUAUAACCUCCAUUUUUGCUGUUUUGUGGGCGCCACGUACCCUCAUGAUCCUGUACCAUUUUUACUCCUCUCCUCCAGCCUCACAGAGUGCCGGCCGUUUGCUCCAUGUGCUCACAGAUCUGGCAAACAUGCUAGCAUUGCUCAACACCGGGGUCAACUUCUUCCUCUACUGCUUCAUCAGCAAGCGUUUUCGGGGCAUGGCGGCCAAUGUGCUGCGAGCCCUGGUCCGCUGCCGGAAGCAGCCGCAGCCUUUCUACGCCAGUCACAACUUUUCCAUCACAAGCAGCCCCUGGAUCUCCCCAGCCAACUCCCACUGCAUCAAGAUGUUGGUGUACCAGUAUGACAAAAAUGGGAAACCCAUUUGUAUAUCUUCUUGA